AUGUACUAGUACAGACAGACUUGCUAGCUUGACGACCGACUCAAAGUAGCGCAAGGGGUUGCGCUGCACUAGGUUGCGAACGACGAGUCCAUUACACUUCAGCGGUAGUUUUAAAAGGCGGAAAAUAUGCUCUCAAACGACAAUGGCGUKUCUUUUAGAGCGGUUAUGGCUCUAAUUCUAUUAUGCAUUGUUCAAGCGUCAUCGUUUGAAUGUUGGAUGUGUCGGAACGGUGCAGUUUCGUUUGACAUCUGUGACAAAAAGAAAGAAAAAGAGGACUGCACCAGGCAAGGCCUGGACAGAUGUGGGACAUUCUCGUAUGAAAACAAAACAGGCUUCAGGGUCUACGCCAAAAGUUGCACAAGUAAAGCCUUAUGCAGCGCCAAUAGCACAUUUUGCUCCUUUGGCGGAAAAAAUUGCCGGGUGCAGUGCUGCGACACGGAUCUGUGUAACGUUCAAGUUGGGUUUGCGACUACGAUUGCGCCUACGACCACACAAAGACCGACAACGACUGUUGAAGAAACCAGCACAGAAAGCACCACCACUACUGAACAGCCAAGUACAAACACCAAGACAGUUUCAACUGCAUCUGCGCAACCAACUACAGAAGCCGAUGAGGACUGUAGCUGGGUAGAUUCACACGGGUGUCCUAUGUUCAGCAGUGUUACCAUGGUGUUCGCUUUCUUUCUUCUUCGUAUAGCUAUGAUAUAAAAUAUCAAACAUCGUGAACUUAAAACAUAACAAUUAGAACAAACUACUACCAAACAAAAUAUACCGCAGUAAAUUUGACGUUUUUGACCUGCACUUAUUUAUACCUAAAUCAGUGUAGUUAUAUCACUAAAAAAAGAGUAGAAAGUCAUGUGU